AUGGAGGACGAUAUGGAUGUUAAACCACCCGUACCGACAGCGGUGACAGCAGCGCAAGACCUCGCGCUGGAAGAUCAGGAGGAAAGUGUGCGGAUCGCUGUGAAAGCUUUGGGCGAUAUGCGGAAUAUGCAUGCGAAUGGGAGUGGGAGUCGUUCAGAUCCACAACAUUCGCGGACGUCGUCGUCGUCCAACCAACGGUUCAACUACGACUAUGACGAUUACGACUACGACGCGGGCAACAAGCUUCCGCCUAUCAAGCUCCCGCCGCUGUCACCUACCAGCUCAGGUGUUUCGAGGCCUUCGACGUCUGCCUCAGGGUCGACGUCGGGUUCUUCAGCAUCCGCGUCCGCCUCUGCCGCCGCUGAACCAUCCACGACAUCUCCCAACGCCCCCGCCACCUCAACCACAUCCCCCAACGCCCCCGCCUUCGUAUCCCGCAUGACUCACCUCCCACUCGUUACCUCCGCCCUGCGGGCAUAUGAACACACCAAAGCCUCGUCUCGCGUCGUCAAGUAUGGCGCGGCGAUGGUCGAAUCUGGUGUGAAAACGCUUGGGAGGCCAGUCAUGGAGAUGUCGAGGCCUGUGAUGGAGCGCCUGCCCGUUGCGGCCGCGGCGGUGGAGGCUGUAGAUGGGUUUGCUUGUAGGCAGCUUGAUCGGUUGGAUAAGUAUACGCGCCCGUCGACGUCCGGGGACCCGAAUGGGGACCCGAAUUCGACGAGCGAUGCUGGAACGAGUACCGGGGGGGAUGUACACCCCAACCCUGACACAAACCUCAAUGCACAGGCACAAGGACCAUCGCCGGCUGAUCGAGAUCGCGGACGACCGAGGCCCAAGCUCCGACCUCGACAUGGAGAUGGAGAGGAAGAUGGAGAUAAAGAUAUGGACGAUGAAAGCCAGCACGAACGCGAGCGGGAUAGGGAGAGCGGGAGGAAUAGAGAGAGGAGGGAGCGGUAUGGUGCUGGAGGCGGGCGGAGUGUCCCGAAGUGGCUCGAAGCUACAAGCCCAUUUGUCGCCCCACCACCACCGCCACCACCCGACUCCUCCCUGCCGUCCUCCCCAUCGUCGUCCGCGGCGUAUGGAUACGGGUACGGGUAUGAUUAUGAGUACGGGAGCCCGCGCUCGGCGUCUCGUAUGGGAUCGUACUCCCGCAGCUCGACGCCCACGAGGGAACGGGAACGGGAAGGAGGCUCGGAGCGCGCGCGGUCGUCUUCUUCUUACGCUCUUGGGCAAAGCGGGAACGCGCAUGGUACGACGCCGAUGACGGAUACCAAUGCGGGUGGUGCUGGUGCUGUUGCUGGUGGGAGCGAGCGCCAAGUCGCGCAGCGUAGCAGGUGGCAAGCGAUGCUUCUCGAAGCGGGAGGUCUGAGCGCGGCGCUGAGCGAGGAGAGUAUGAGGAGGUUGAAGUAUUGUUUGCAAUGGCUUCAGUACGCCACGGCGCACAUCGAUGCGCAAAUUCUAAUUCUUCGCGAUUUCACCGCGUCAUUACAAGCAGCAGCAGCAGCAGCCUCUUCUUCCCCCUCCUCUCCUUCGUCUACCCUCCCGCGCCCGCGCCCACCUAUCUCCGAGGAACACAUGCGCAAGCUCACCGACAUGCGGCGCGACAUCGUACACACGAUCCGGCAGGUCGUCGACGUCGUAUCGAAAUAUGCGGGCGGGGCGUUGCCGGAGCCUGCUAGGGGGCGGGUGAGGGGGUUUAUCUUGAAGUUGCCGCAGAGGUGGGCGAGUCGUGCCGGCGUCGGUUCUGCUGGUGGAGAUAUGAUGGGUGAAGAGAGGGAGAGAGAGAGAGAUGUUGUAGCGGCUGCUGCGGGGUCCGGUACGGGUGUGGUGCGUCGUGCAGGUGGGCAGCGGCGCGCUGCGCAGCGUGAACGCGGGGUCGAUUCGAUGUCGGGGUUGCGCUCUGGUGCGUCGUCAGUAGCUGUGUCGCCUAGCUCGUCGCCGCGCAUUACACGCGCGUCGCUCGGCUCUGCCGCUGCUCCCGGUUCUUCUGCCGCGGCCAAUGGUAGUGGGAGUAGUGGUACAGGUGGACAAGGUGGAGGGGGACAGACGGUAUCGGCGACCGCUGCGCUCGUGGCGUCUCAGCGAAUCUUGACGCUGGCAACGGAGAGUCUGGAUAUGAUGCGCAAUGUGACGAGUGUGGUCAAGGAUAGUUUGGAUAGAGCUGACGCCUGGGUAGGCCGUUUGCGCACCGUAGGCAUCCAGCGCGCCGACUCGGAUUCUGCCUCUGCUAUCGCCCUUGAAAAUCCAGGUGCCAACGCCAAUGCGAAUGGGGAUGGCGAGGGGGAUGGAGAUAUGGAAGGAAGCCUCAUCGUCCCGUCGGACUCUGCUACCGUCGCUUCGUCCCGCGAGGCCGGGCCACAGCGGGAGAGGGGGAAGGAGGAUUUCGAGUUUGAGUUUUCAGAUCGCAUGCGGUAUCGCUCGCAUUCGAAUUCGCAGUUGACGUCGAAUUCGAACUCGAACUCGCAGUUGAACGUGAACUCGCAGUACGGGCACGGUCGUGGAUACGGAUACGGAUACGGGUAUACGCAUAGUCGCAAUGGGAGCACACAAUCGGAUUCUGUGCAUUCGUCGUUCGAUAUAGACAUGGAGGUCGAUGGCGACGGCGACGGCGGGAGCGAGCGUGUCAAGGACAGAGAUGCAGUGCGAGGCGCAGGCGACCGCUCACCAUACUUUAGCGCCGCGUCAUCAACGGCUUGGGGGUCGAGUAUACCAUCCACACCUGGCGCGGGCGCGUCUGUGCAUCCUGCCCUGCCUAUGUCGCCUGUCCGUGCCGGUGCCGGUGCUGGUAAUGGUAAUGGAGCGCUGCAGAGCGGGAUCAGUGCAAUGCGAAUCGGCUCGCGGUAUGGGACACCGAAGAGCGGUGUCGUUGGGUUGCCCGAGGAUGAUGAAGAGGGUGGUGGGGUGAAGCCGCAGAAUGUGGAUGUUUUGGUUGGGUUCAAGGGCGAUUUGAAGGGGCGGCGGCUGUCUUUGGGUGGUGAGGAGGAGGGUAAGGUGAAGCUGAGGACGAAGGAUGUUGCGGCGAUGAGGCAGGAGGAGGAAGAAAUGGACGUCGAUUGUUGA